CACCAGUGGCUCGCAGGCUGUCCAAUGGGAGCAGAUGUUGGAGUUGCGCGGCAGUUCAGCUUCCUGAGGCGCAGUGGGCGUGGUCACGGAAGGCUAGAGCUGUUCCCCUGUGUAGAAUUAGGGGUGGAGGUUUCUAUGGCUCUCUCUGAAGCUGGGGCCCGGCCGCGGACGUGGGACGCCAGCCCCUCGGAGCACAGGAAGUGGGUGGAAGUAUUUAAAGCAUGUGAUGAAGAUAAUAAAGGCUAUCUAAGCAGAGAAGACUUUAAGGUUGCUGUUGUAAUGCUGUUUGGUUACAAGCCUUCCAAGAUAGAAGCAGAUUCUGUGAUGUCUUCAAGAAAUCCCAACACUUCUGGCAUAGUACUUGGGGAGUUUUUAAAUAUCAUAAGGAAAAAGAAGGAGGCUCAACUAUAUCGAAAUGAGAUAAGACAGAUCUUCACAGCUUUUGAUGUGCACUAUCGUGGCUAUUUAACUUUAGAAGAUUUCAAAAAAGCAUUCAGGCAGGUGGCUCCCAGAUUACCAGAAAGGACUGUUCUUGAGGUCUUCAGGGAAGUAGAUCGUGACUCUGAUGGUCACGUCAGCUUUAGAGACUUCGAAUAUGCCAUGAAGCAUGGACAAAAUGAAGCCUAACUAUUGUGAUCUACUUUUUGGUAACUCUUUGGAUUGUAAAUAUAUUUGAAGAUCAAACAUACCUCUCUCUCAUAAUGAUGUGAUACUGCAUAUUUGUGAUGAAACUCUUAGUUGUAGUUUUGGGAUGCUGAUAAUGUACUUGGUCUCACAGUCUUAGAGGUUGUGGGUACUGGAGUCUUCUCUGUGGGUAGCAGCCUGGAGUCAGGCUGCCCCAUCUCUACUCUUGGCACCCCCUCGCAUACCAACUCUAAAUUGGAGUGUUCCACUCAGUCCUGGUCUUCACCACCCGACCUGAGACCCUGGUUCCUAACAGCUCUUGAAGGCUGGUAAGGGCAGCUGUUCCCUGCCAGUGGUUCCAGCUCCCUUCAUUUAUCCCACGUUGGUUGAACAGGUAGUAUACCUAUGUGUACUGCGUGCUUACUGAAGAAGGUUCGAAGCAGUGAGUGAGGAGGCAUUGGGCUAAUAAGAACAUAAGACUUAUCUGAGAUAAAGUACCCAGAGUCCACAUCUUCAUUGCAGUGUCCCCAGGGCAUUGGUUGUACAAGACAGAGACUGAGCUAACAGAAGGCAGCCCUGUUGCACAUUACACAGAGGAAGAACAGAGCCAACGGAAGUCCUAGGAGCAAAAGAUAUGUUUGCAGAACCCUACAGAGUGGCCUGGGCCUGGCUUCUUGUGCAAGGAAGCAAACCCAGGCCUGCCCAUCUGCCCUACCCCUGCACACUUCCAGUUCUGGGUUGUUCUGCCCUGCACCCAGAUCCAUAGCUAUUGCUGGAUCUGGAUCCUGGUUGCCGUGUCCUACCUGUCUCCCUGGCUCCAUUCACUGCCGUACUAGAGCAAAACCUGCAACACUGGACAUUCAGCGUUCAUUUAAAAUAAUUCCAAAAUAAUGGUAUCAAUAUUAAUUUUUAUGUAGUUGUUGAGAAUUCACAAUAGUAGCAACAGGACUAAAACAAUAUUCAACUCAUAUUUUAAAAGUAUUCAACAUUGCUGCCUGCCUUGCAAGCGCAAGAUCCCAAGUUCAAUCCCUGGUAGCAAAAAAAGUAUUCAACAUUUAAAGGUCAAGCAAAAAUGUUAAUUUGUAGAACAAGCGUCAUUCUCAUGUAAAUUAUUAGCUGAUAAGAUUAAUAAAAAUAAAGUUUACACUGUGAUAGACCAGAGGAGCUCAAAGAGAAGUGACAGGUAAAUGUAAUUUGGUGUUCUUGGUGGGUCCUGGACUAGAAAAAGGACUUUAGAUUAAAAAAAAAACAAAACAAUAACAGUCAAAUAUGGACUGUAACUACUGAUAAUGUAUCUGUAUUGGUUCAUUAAUUGUAACAAAUGUACCAAAUUCAUAAAAAAUGUUGAUAAUAAGGAAAACUGAAACUCUGUACUCUGUACUAGAAACUCUCUGUACUA